AUGAGGAAGUUUGCAUGUAGGGACUUUGAAGAUUUGAUACAGUGUGCUAUUCCAUGUUACAAAGGACUCCUACUGCCAGACCACAACAACAUCGUCCUGGAUUUGCUCUGGGAUCUAAAUGUCGUCAUUGCAUAUGCCUCCCUCUGUUUACACAGCGACUCCACCUUGGCCUCGCUCGACACCGCAGUUACAGAGCUGGGUGACUCAAUGCGUAGGUUUGUUAACGGUACCUGCACCGCAUAUGAAACUACGGAGGUUCCUGAAGAAGUGGAGAAACGAAGAGCUGCAGCUGCCAAGGCCAGAAAGAAGAAGAACAAGCAAAAGAAGAAGCGGAAAAGAGAUGAAGAGGAAGACGACUUGCUUCCGAAGGAGUUCAACAUGAGCACAUUCAAGAUUCAUAACCUCGAGCACUACAUCUACUUUAUCAAGAAUGUUGGGAGUCUUGAUGGCGUCUCAACGAGACCGGGAGAAUGA